AUGUUGUACAAAAAAGGAGACCCGACAGACCCCGCCAACUACCGCCCGAUCGGCCUGGCACUCACUAUCUACAAGCUGUGGACAGCGCUAAUCACAGGAGUCCUCUCCGACACCCACCAGGCCCUCUUCAGCGUGUUGAACGCGCUAGAGGACGCCAAACUCUUUGACCGCGACAUCUACAUGCUCUACAUCGACUUCAGCGCUGCAUUCGACACGGCCACAGCCGAGGCCUGCAGCGCACCUGCCUUUGCAGACGAUCUGCUCAUCAUGACCAAUAGCCUGCUCCACUUGAAGCACCAGGCCGACAAGAUUACCAGCCCUACCGGUACCUGGGAGUCUGGCUAA